UGGAAGUCUGUACUGUCUCGACUUUAUUGUGUUCACCACUUUCAAUGGAUGGCCUGAAAAAGGGGGGAGACUCGGAGGAAGUGGAGAUUGACCUGGGGGACUCCAGUGACCCUGAGGAGUUUGAUAAUGGGGAGCAACCACAGACACUCUGGAAAGCGCAUUCUGACCGGGAGCAAGAAGAAAGUAGUCAUUUGUCUUCUGUGGUGGAUAUCAGCGAUACCAAGCCGCUUCUCAAUGUUCGAGACCCUCGAGGGAUGAAUGAUUGCCUCAAGGUGACAUUUGAAGAUGUUAUUGCUGAGCCGGUUUCAGUGCGCAGCGGGGACCGAGUGUGGAUCUGGAGCCACGCUCUGUUUGAAGUGAGCCGAGUUUGGGUAUACAGGAUCAUCACAGUUCUUCUGGCCAUCCCCAUGUCGAUCCUCUCCGGAAUCCUUUUUGCCCUCCUCAGCUGCAUACAUGUAUGGAUGAUCAGCCCAUGCAUCAAAAGCAUUCUUAUUGGAACACGCUGGCUGCAAAACAUCUGGAACGUUGUGCUGGAUAUCAUCGUGCGACCAUUGCUGACCAGUGCCGGGCGGUGCUGUAGCCGUUUUAGCAUUCACCUGGCUGAGGAAUAACACAUACUCACCUUUUGGUUUUAGAGUGGACAUGACCACCAACGGGAUUGCUGAUGGUCAAGAAUAUUUCAUUCGAGUGUUCGUCAUGAUUUUGUUCACAGUUCAACAGCAUGUGAGAUUUGCUAAUUACAGUGUAACUUUUGCCUGCCACUUUCAAUAGCUUUUCAAAGUGUGUAGUUUAUGACAGGAACUGGUUCAAAAGUUUUGUUUUUUUCAAAUAAAGUAACAUUUUCUUACACAUGGAUGAAUUGACGGAAAAUUAAAAUAUGGAAGAGAUCUCGCUGAUUUAAAAAAAAAUAUAUAUAUAUUGCUAUGAAUUAUGUUUAGUUUCAUUUAAUGCAUCUUUGAGGCUAAAGGUGAUAAAAUACUUUCAAUCCAUCUAUUGAAGCACAAGUAAUUCUCAUUGAUAUAAAUCCUUUGCAUAUUACAUGUACAGUAUAUUAAAUAUGGAAGGGCAAUUUAAUGUAAACAACAGCUAACAAUCAAAAUAAUACUUAGUUUUUAUUAUUAAAAUGUACUGUUGAACUUCUUUUUUUUUUUUUAAUGCUUUGUUCCGUGUAAAUGGCCAAAUGCAUGAGAACACCACUCAGUAAAGGCUGAUUUUGGAUAAAGCUUUUGUGUUGGAUCUAUGCCAUAUUUCUUGUAAUGUCAUUAAUAUGAACAAAGAACACAGUGGAUGCAUGGAUGCCAAAUACAGUACAUUACAAUUAGUGUUGCACUAAUACCAAUGUUUGACCCCGAUAUCAAUACCUAUGUGUGCAGUAUCAGCCGAUACCCAUACCAUACCGAUACGACUUCGUUUGAAAUUUCUAUAUAUAUAGGGUGACCAUAUUUUCAUUUUCAAAAAAAAAGGACACUCGUCCCGGCCUCGAGAUAAGUGAGUUUUACUCGAAGUUCACUCAAAGUUGCCUACAUCAAUUUAAUACAUUUAAAGUGUGCCCCUCCGUCUGGAUAGAAAAAUUCAGUUUUAUUAAAUUAAAAAAAAAUUUGCCAUAUGGUACAAUAUAUACUAUUUGGCAAUACUUUUUUUUUUUUUUUUACACAACAGGUUACAGGUUACUCAACGGGCUUUAUUCUUCCUAAAAAAAUAAUCAAACAAUAAAAACACACAAAACAAAACAAAACAAAACAAAACAAAACAAAACAAAACAAAAAACAAUUAAAGAUAAAAAAUAAUAAUGAAAUGCAAACCCAUGGAAAUGGAGGAAUGGGCCAAAAUACCAGCAACAGUGUGUAAAAAGCUUGUGAAGAGUUACAGAAAACGUUUGGCCUCCGUUAUUGCCAGCAAAGGGUACAUAACAAAGUAUUGAGAUGAACUUUUGGUAUUGACCAAAUACUUAUUUUCCACCAUGAUUUGC